CCUUUCGAUUGUUGAAAUUAGAUCAGGCCAAUUUUAUCGGUCACGGUAAACGAGGCACGGCCGAACGAAUUUGAAGAAAACCCCUCUCAGCUUGUGUGAUUCUCGAAAGGAGAGCGUUGCAUUCUUCCAGACCGGCGGCAAGGAGAGAGGGUGAGGGAGCGAAGGGGAGAUGGGAAACUCGUUCGGCUGUAUCUGUAUCGACCAGGCAAGCGUGGGCAUCAUUGAGAGAUGGGGGCGUUUCGAGAGAUUGGCGGAGCCAGGCUUGCACUUCGUCAACCCUUUCAUCGGCCAGUGCCUUGCAGGCGUCCUCUCCACCAGGCUUUCCUACAUCGACGUCCGUAUCGAGACGAAGACCAAGGAUAACGUGUUCGUACAAAUUCUAUGCUCUAUUCAGUACCGUAUUGUCAGGGUUAAUGCGGACGAUGCAUUCUAUGAGCUGCAAAACCCCAAAGAACAAAUUCAAGCCUAUGUUUUUGAUGUUGUGAGAGCACAUGUGCCAAGGAUGUCGCUGGAUGAGUUGUUUGAACAAAAGGAUGAUGUCGGCAAGGCCGUGCUGGAUGAACUGGAAAAGGUAAUGGGAGCUUAUGGAUAUAACAUAGAGCAGAUACUGAUGGUUGACAUCAUUCCAGAUGCUUCUGUGCGUAGAGCGAUGAAUGAGAUCAACGCAGCUCAAAGGCUGCAGCUUGCCAGUGUGUACAAAGGAGAGGCGGACAAGGUACUUCAGGUGAAAAAGGCAGAAGCCGAGGCAGAGGCGAAGUACCUUGGGGGAGUUGGGGUAGCACGCCAACGGCAGGCAAUUACCCAAGGCCUACGGGAAAAUGUGCUGGAUUUUUCCCAUACGGUCCCGGGAACAUCUGCAAGGGAGGUGAUGGACCUGAUUAUGAUAACUCAGUACUUCGAUACAAUUAAAGAUCUCGGCAAUUCGUCAAAGAACACCACAGUCUUUAUCCCACAUGGCCCAGGACAUGUGAGAGACAUAAGCGAUCAGAUACGCAAUGGUUUGCUGGAGGCUGCAAGCGUCACGGAUGUAAAUAUUGGCUGAUGCAACUCCAGAGUCGUAUCAUACAGCUUCCAACACUUGUUUCUAUAAUUGAUCUAAUCUCAAAUUUCACAUUCGCAUGUUUAUUAUGGAGAAAGAGAAAUGUGGACGGCUUCUGCUGAUGAGUGUUGCGUCGCUGCUAUACAUGCUCAAGUUUUCUUUUGUAUAAGGUUUUGGAACUUGCUAUCUCUCUGGUAAAGAAGGAAUGCUGGGUUUGUGCA